UUUCACUCUCCCUCUCUGUCUCUCACUCAGUUGACACAAAGAUAGUGAGCAGGAAUCCUGAAUCACUUGGAAAACCUGGAGCAUUAGAUUCCCAAAACCUUUUAAGAGGCAUGUAUCCAGAUUAAUUGGCCUACAAGUGGAUAACUAUGCCACAGAUACAUGUUGGGACCAUGCAGAGCUAGUGCACAGAGGCACACACAUGGUCAUGUAAGCUGUGACCGUACUAUCAAGGAAAUUCCUCAGUCCUCCAAGGUCACCUCCGUGGGUUCUCUAUCGUGGUUUGUACAGCUGCACAAGCUUCUGUUUCCACAACACACACAGACAGAGCACACUGUGUAUGGACAUGCUGUCUUAGUCACCCAAGAGGUCACUGCAAGUUGUUAUUUGCCCCGGCACGGACCUAUGCUCAUGAUGGCACACUGAAAUAGAAAAAAGAAGCUUGGGACUGUUGUGUAGCAUGGAGUGGAUUCUUCUGAUCAUCUAACUGCAGCAAAACAAGGGACAAAACAGGAGGCUCCAGGGAGACACGAUGGCCACUGAAGAAAAUCAGACACAGGUUGGAGCUGUAGUCCUGGCUCAGCGUGCUUCUCCUCCAUCAACUGGGAGUAGACCCAGCAGAGAAGUUAGACAUGCAAAUGACAGCCAGGAAAUACGGCGAUACUCUGACCAAUUGCUGCAGUCAAAACAGAGGAGCAGCCCUUCCCUCCUCUUAUAUAGGAAGCUGUCGUGUGACAGUGGGAAAGGGACUAUUUUGGACGAGGAAUAUGGGUGUUUGGAUUACAGCUCAAAACUCUUGAGUACCGAAGAGAAACUUUGUCCAGAGGUGUCGGCUGGCAAGCGAAUUGAAAGAAUAGCGAACACAGUUACUCCAAUACCUGGGAAAAGUUCAGAGGGAUCUCCGUGCCAGCUGGACACCCCUAGAGAAGGUGUGGAUGCAGGCAGAAACAGAACUGGCAGCACCCGCUGCUCCUGCACCCUGUCUAGCCUUUACAUGAGUCCAAACACCUCCUCUUGCCACAGCCCCAGAUCCAGUCCAAGCCCUAACUCCAGCCCUGUUCACAGUCCCUGUCUCAGCUCCAGCCCCUCGAGGCGCAUCCAGCGACACAUCCGCCGCAGCAGCCUGCCUGUGUCUAUGUUGGCUUCCCACAAGCCUUCACCUCACCACUCAUCGCGGUGCAGCCCGUCCAGUGAACCAAGCUCUUUGGUGUCUUCUCCCUGUAGUUCCCCUCUUACCAACCACCAUCAACAUCACCAAAAUGGACACAUCCGCCAGCAGCAUCUCAAAGACGGCUACUCAAGUUUAGAGAGACUCAACCGGAGGCCCAGGGUUAACAAAUGCUCCCUCGAGAAACUGUUUUUACGACGGACAUCUCUUGAAACCAUGACGACAACAUUUGGGCACAGUGAGAGGUCACCCUCCGGAGUGAUCAGGAGCUGCAGCGGGGGCAGCAGCAGUGAGGAAAUUGAUGGAGAGGGUCCCUUGGAUAACACAGAGUUUGUUAGGAACCGUAAAGAGCGUUCCACUGUCCUGGUGAGGCGCUUCUUCAAGAAUAAUCAGAAGGUAACCAAGUCAGUGUGUACGGGAACCAGAGCAAUUGUCAGGACGCUGCCGUCUGGGCGCAUCUCAGAAGAGGUGUGGGAGGUGGUUAUUCACCACAGGAUAUGGCAACCCAGCAAGAAGGAUAUGUGGCCAAUCCUAAUCCAUGGUGUGGGAGAAGAAUUCAGAGUCUGCAGGGGGAUGCUACGCUCUGUUGGUGUUAAACUACAGCAGGUUACCAACUGCGUGCAGGACAGAGAAGAAGUCAACCUGAUUCAUCCCGCCAGAAAGCUACUGCUGUCUUGCCCUGGAUGUGUGCGUCUCAGGGAGUCUUGUUGUGCCAGACCUGAUCAGAGCUCCUUCCUUAAUCCCUGGUGUUGUGAUCCCUCUCCGCCACCUGGGUUUUAUCGUUCUUGUGGCCAGAGGACAUCGGUGUGUUCCCUCCUGACCGGAGCCCUGCUAGAGGCCACAACCGCUCUUGGUGCGCGCUCUGCCCUGCCCUACCCUUUGCCCCAGGGUCCCAACAGCCACGCUGUGCUGAAAGAACGUCAGCUGGCCAGCAGUAUGACCAGCAGCAGCUCUCUUCCUCCCAGUGUCAGUGGGAUCAGUAAGGAGCUGGCAGAGCUGCGUCACCUGGUGCAGUUCCCUGAGGAGAUUGCCUGUAUCCUCACCGAGCAAGAGCAGCAGCUCUACCAACGGGUCUUUCCCUUGGACUACCUCUGUUUCCUCACUCGAGACCUGGGCAGUCCUGAGUGCCAAACUAAACACCACCCAAACCUCAAGGCCUCAUUGUCUGCGCCCGCCAUGCCUACCCAGAGUGCUCAGCGAAGUAACGCUGUGGAGGACCUGGUGACACGGUUCAACGAGGUGAGUUCGUGGGUGACGUGGCUUGUCCUGACAGCAGGAUCCAUGGAGGAGAAGAGGGAGGUUUUCUCCUACCUGGUCCACGUGGCUAAAUGCUGUUGGAACAUGGGGAACUACAACGGUGUCAUGGAGUUCCUGGCAGGACUCAGGUCUCGUAAGGUGCUGAAGAUGUGGCAGUUUAUGGACCAGUCGGACAUCGACACCAUGAGAAGCUUGAAGGACGCCAUGGCUCAGCACGAGUCUUCUUCUGAGUACAAGAAGGUUGUGACCAGAGCUCUCAAUAUCCCAGGAUGCAAGGUUGUGCCAUUCUGUGGGGUAUUUCUGAAGGAGCUCAGUGACGCAUUGGACGGGACGGCAAGUAUCAUUAGCCUUAAACCACCUCCAGACAACACAGAGGACUCUAUAGAGUUUGUGUCCGACUACAGCGGCCAGCACAACUUCAUGUCGCGGUCCGGUCCAAAUGGCUUGCAUGUCCCAGAAAAAGAAGCCACUGUCAGCAACAUCCUCCAGAUUAUCAGAUCUUGUAAUCGUAGUUUGGAGGCAGAGGAUCCUGAUGAGGCGUCCACCAGUCCCUCUUCUACUGGACCAUCCCCCGCAUCAAGAAACAACUCGUUCAGGGACCGCUGCCGCAAUCAUUCCCAUUCAUUUAGGACACCGCCAGAAUCAAACCGUGUCUUAUUCAUGGUCGGGGACUUGUCGGAUUCAGAAGGUGACUUGUCGUCUGAGCCGGUGGUGAAGGAGGUAGAGUUUCAGGGCACUGAGGAGACACACAGAGCUUUCAGCCACGGCACUGAGCUCAUUCCCUGGUACGUGUUGUCACUACAACCUGAUGUUCACCAGUUCCUGCUGCAGGGGGCUACAGUCAUUCACUACGACCAGGACACCCACCUCACAGCUCGCUGUCUGCUACGACUACAACCUGACAACACAACACUUACCUGGGGUAAGCCUCAGAGCGGAGGAGCUUCGCCUCCAGAACAACCCCUGGGAUUAGGACAGACUGUAGUGGCAGGACUAGCAGAAGGCCUGUUGGACCUGGGAGUGGUGAAGGCAGUGUUUCUGGGUCACCAGGGAGUGGACGUCCACGCUGUGUGUUUGCAGAACAAGCUGAGCCAGAUGACGGUGGAGGAGAACGGUCUCAGCCUCCUCUACGGUCUCAGCACCACCGACAACAGGCUCCUGCACUUUGUGGCCCCUAAUCACACGGCACGAAUGCUUCACAAGGGCCUGUCAGAGUUGGUGAAUGCAACCAGGAAAUUAAAGAGGUUUCCCGACCAAAGGUUGCAGUGGCUGAGGAGGCAGUAUGUCAGUCUCUAUCAGGAGGAUGGCAGGUACGAAGGCCCAACACUGGCCCAGGCCAUUGAGCUGUUUGGUGGGCGCAGGUGGAACAUGAGCACAGGUGGAACGGAGAAAACUGGUGCCCAGAAAAACAGCCCUCUGAGCAUCAACGAUAAGGCCAAGAAGAAGAAGAAGGUCCUGGUCAGGGGCGACAGCGGGGACGCCACAGAUGACGAGAUGGUUUCUAGGAAAACACGGAGCUGUAAGGAGGGGCUGUAUCGGAACGGACCGGAGUCUGACAGCAUUGACCAAGAAGAUCCAGAGGACAGCUUCCCUGGACCAUUCUCCCUCUCAUCCAAUAAGAACCCUGGAUUGCUAGCCUCUUCUUCAUCCUCCUCUUCUUCAUCCAGCAUGGCAGGGUCCAACCAGUCCCGCCCACAAUCCUCUCCAAUCCUUUCAGGAACUGCCAAGUCACAGCCAGGGGCCUGGAGCAGCAGGUCGUGGCACGGUCGAGGUAAAGGCUGUUUCAAAGGCUUCCAGAACCUCAUGAUUUCUGACAGCACGAUGAGCUUCAUUGAGUUUGUUGAGCUCUUCAAGUCAUUCAGUAUCCGAAGCAGGAAGGACCUGAAGGAGCUGUUUGACACCUUUGCUGUCCCCUGCAGCCGAUCAAGUCCAGAGUCAGCUCCUCUCUACACCAACCUCAGAAUAGAUGACAAAGACACAGGGCUACAGCCAGACCUUGACUUACUAACCCGCAAUGGUUCUGAUCUUGGCCUGUUCAUCCGGACGAGGCAGCAGAUGUCCGACAACCAGAAGCAGAUCUCAGACGCCAUUGCGGCAGCCAGUAUCGUGACCAACGGGACAGGAGUGGAGAACGCGUCACUAGGUGUCUUAGGCUUGGCUAUUCCCCAGCUCAAUGACUUUUUAGUCAACUGUCAGAGGGAGCACCUGAGCUACGAUGAGAUCCUCAGCAUUAUACAGAAAUUUGAGCCCUCAUCAAGCAUGAGACAGAUGGGCUGGAUGUCAUUUGAAGGUUUUGCAAGAUACUUGAUGGACAAGGAGAACUUUGCUUCUCGUAAUGAGGAAUCCCAAAUGAACCCUGAGGAACUGCACUAUCCUCUGUCCUACUACUACAUUGAGUCUUCUCAUAACACCUAUCUGACUGGACACCAGCUCAAAGGAGAGUCCUCUGUUGAGCUUUACAGUCAGGUGCUACUACAAGGCUGUAGGAGUGUCGAGUUGGACUGUUGGGAUGGGGAUGAUGGCAUGCCAGUUAUUUACCAUGGACACACACUCACCACUAAGAUACCCUUCAAGGAUGUGGUGGAAGCAAUUAACCGGGCUGCGUUUGUCAAUUCUGACAUGCCCGUCAUCCUGUCCAUAGAGAACCACUGCUCCCUUCCACAGCAACGCAAGAUGGCGGAGAUCUUCAAGACGGUGUUUGGCGAGCGCCUUGUGACACGCUUCCUCUUUGAAAGUGACUUCAGUGAUGACCCUCACUUGCCGUCACCACUGCAGCUGCAGGGGAGGAUCCUCCUCAAGAAUAAGAAGCUGAAAGCCCACCAGGCACCGGUGGACAUACUCAAACAGAAGGCUCACCAGCUUGCCCACAUGCAGGCCCAGGCUAGCAACGGGUCACCGGGAGUUACUUCGCCUGGCAACCACACCAAUGAGGAAGAGGAAGAGGAAGAAGACGAGUACGACUAUGACUAUGAGUCUCUAUCAGAUGCUGAUGUCCUCACAGCCUCUACUGCCUCGUAUGGCCUUGAAGAUAACAUCCUGGAUGACAAGCCAGAGGGGAAGAGCUCAGCAGACAAAGAAGAGCAACCUGUUGAUGAAAUACCGAAAAGGAUGAAGAAGGCUGACAGCACCACGCAGAGCAAAGGAAAGGUGUUUGACAUGGAGCUGGGCGAGGAGUUUUACCUUCCUCAGAACAAGAAGGAGAGUCGACAGAUUGCUCAGGAGUUGUCCGACCUCGUCAUCUACUGCCAGGCUGUGAAAUUCCCUGGCCUGUCCACGCUGUCUCCGGCCGGCUCUGGCAGAGGGAAGGACAGGGGAAAGAGCAGGAAGUCCAUAUUUGGCACAGCUCCCGCUCGCUGCAGCACCACAGGGGAGGUCACGACCCAGAGCCGCACCCCUGGGAAAGGUGGUGCUGAGCGGCUGAGCUGGGAGGAGCAGCAGACAUCUCCCAUCCUCAACCACCCGACCUCUCUCAGCGCCAUCAUCCGCACGCCCAAGUGCUACCACAUCUCCUCCGUCAACGAGAACGCUGCCAAGCGCCUGUGCCGGCGCUACUCUCAGAAGCUGAUCCAACACACUGUGUGCCAGCUGCUCAGGACGUACCCGGCAGCCACCAGGAUCGACUCAACGAACCCCAACCCUCUGCUGUUCUGGCUGCACGGUAUUCAGCUGGUGGCGCUCAACUAUCAGACCGAUGAUCUGCCCAUGCAGUUGAACACAGCGCUGUUUGAGGCCAACGGUGGCUGUGGCUACGUCCUGAAGCCAGCAGUGCUGUGGGACCGUAGCUGUUCACUUUAUCAGCAGUUCUGUCCGAUGGAGAGAGAUGUGGAGAAAAUGAGCCCUGCUGUGUAUUCCCUCACUAUCGUCUCUGGUCAGAACGUUUGUCCCAGUAACAGCGCUGGCAGCCCCUGCAUUGAGGUGGACGUUCUGGGCAUGCCCAUUGACAGUUGCCACUUCCGUACCAAACCCAUUCACCGCAACACCCUCAACCCCAUGUGGAAUGAGCACUUUCAGUUCACCGUGCACUUUGAAGAGAUGUGCUUCCUGCGCUUUGCCGUGGUGGAGAACAACAGUUCCCAGACUACUGCUCAGAGGACUCUGCCUCUGAAAGCCCUCAAAUCAGGUUACAGACACGUCCAGUUGAGGACACAGCAUAAUGAGCCACUUGAAGUGUCCAGCUUAUUUAUCUACAGCCGCAGAACAGAGGAAGGUCCCACAGGGGGCGCUACUCCCUCAUCCUUGCUGUUCAGUUCAGAGGAGAAACGUGCUUCCCAGCAGCACCAGGUGACGGUGCAUGAAGCCCCUGGUCCUGAGCCCUUCACUGUGUUCGGUGUUACUGAGCAGACCACUGCCAAACAGCUGCUGGACACAGUAGUAGUGUCUGCAGGAAACCCGUCCGAUUACUUCCUUUGUGAGGAGAGGGUUCCUCUGUUGAAGGAGCGCAGUGAGGUCAAGCGUUGUGCUCAGCAUCGACCGCUAGCACCUGAAGAGGAGGUGGUCAGGCUGGUCUUCAGCUGGAAUGCUGAAGAGGGAUAUGUGGGGAGGAUUUGCCUCAAAACAAGAGAGGAGAACUUAAAUGAGAAGAACACGGUGCCAGAUGGAGAGGAGGAGGUGACUGUGGGAAGUAGAGAAGGUGCAGGAGGAGGAGGAGGAGGAGGAGCAGGGGGACCAGGAGGAGGAGGAGGAGGGGAGGAUGAAAUGUUCUUUGUCCAGGUCCAUGAAGUUUCACCAGAACAGCCUCACACUGUGAUCAAGGCCCCGCGCUACAGCACGGCUCAGGACAUCAUACAGCAGACUCUGUCAAAAGCCAAGUAUUCCUACAGUAUCCUUUCAAACCCCAAUCCAUGCGACUAUGUCUUGAUGGAGGAAGUGACCAAGGACGUGGGCUCGAAGAAGUCCUCCGCCGCCAAACCUUUGCAGCGGGUGCUGUUGGAUCACGAGUGUGUCUAUCAAGCACAGAAUCGCUGGCGGGGCGCGGGAAAGUUCAUUCUUAAGCUGAAAGAGCAGGUGGUGCGGGAGGACAAAAAGAAAGUAAUUUCCUUCGCCAGCGAGCUCAAGAAGCUGACUAGUCGCAGUCGCAGUAUGACGACUGGCAGCGGAGUGGACGGUCCUGCCCAGAGGUAUCUGUCUGCAGCUGCAGGUCUGAAGGCGUGGGUGGCAGAGGGCAGGGUGGGAGCAGGAAGGUUCCUACAGGCCACCUCCUCCCCCUCUUCUUUUAGGGGACACCUCCAACCUGUCCAUCUGCCCACCUCCUCUCUGACCCCCCUUGCCUGGAAGCUUCACCUCCUCAGGAACUGGAAGAUCCACAAAUGAAAUCCAGAGAGUGAGACUUUGCGCUGACUACUUCUAAACUUGGAGGAUUGCUCUUUGCAAGAGAGGCAAGGUGUUUGAGUGAGGGACCUGACACAUUGUUGAUACGCUCCUCUCCAAGUCUUGAAAGAGUCUGAUCCUGCCUUGUGUUAGUUGAGCAAGUGGAGGACGGGAUUCAACCCAAGCCCCAUUGACAGGUUAGGUGACAGGGGUUGAGCUGCUUUGCUUGGUUGAGUGAUGGACAGGACUUUCUGACUGGAAAUCCCACCCAGCAUCACUUUAGAGCAGUGACGGUCAUGUGGGCAGCUCCGGCUCGUCUUGGUUUAUUGGUUGCAGUGUGGCUCCAUAGAGAGGCCACAGUGCCAAGGGCAGCUGCUGUUAUUGAAAUCAUCUGGUACAUGAUCAGGGAUACAAAAAAGCAAAAAAGUAUUCCCUCUCUUACCAAUGAAUGGCAGGAAUUUUUCAAAAAAAGAGAGCACUUCCCUGUGUCACAUUAAAAGGAUGAAAAGGUAUGGGUUUGCUUUCAGAUGUGCCAGUUUUUUUUUUAAUCUCCAAAAGGUUAUAGCAAAUGAUAAAAAAGGGGGGCUAGAGAAUGGCCUCUGGAUUGAAUGAUUUUAGUGAACCAUAUUUCUUCAUUGAGGUGAUUCAGGGAAAAUUCAAAUAUGGCUCCAUAAGAGAUGAAACGGCCUGUGUGCUAGCACAGGGUAAGUUUAUAAACUACUUCUUUUCUUUUUUUUCCUGGCAUCACAAGAAGAAAGCACACAGCGGAUGGGGGGGUGGGGGGGGUGUCUGCUAAGAGAUGUAGAAGGAGAGAUGUAGGAGAGUACGAGGGCCGAGGGGGUUGAAACGGUUUUCUUCUCUCCUUCUCAGGUAUGGGCUCUUUUGGCUGAGGGCAUUGUGAAGGAGGCUGACAAGCUGGCUUGUACGAUUCUUUUCUUAAUGUUCCAGUUUCACAGUACUGUAAGGGCACAUUUUAGGGCAGUGCAGAUUGUUGCCUCUUUCUGUGAGCAAUGUCAAAGCGAUAUGACAUAUAUUCUAACAGAUAUUCUGUGACGGAAGAAGCAAACGCUUUCUUGGACACUGUCGCUGCCCUAAAGGUGACAAAACAGCAGCAUUUUAAGGCAGUGUAGACAUUGCAAUAUUAAUCUCUGUUGGUAAAGUGAUCCUUCUAUGUUGCAACACUGCCUUCAACUUUUGGUGAUUUUGUAGCUGUAUCUCUGACAAUGAUCUUCGGCUGGUUCCAUAAGGGAUUUUAGUGCUAUCAUCAUUAUCCACUAAUCAUUAUUUCAACAUCUUACCAACUGAAUUCAUUAAUUGUUAGAAAAUAAACAUGAUAUAUUAAUAGUCAUUUUGAUUGAGGAAUACUACCUGUAACUAAGUCUGUGCAACAUUUUGAUAGUAAUACUGACAUGAUAUCCCACAGUUACUUUUUUCAAUAGAAAAACCCUUUUAAUGUACUUAAGAAAAGAAGCAAAAGUUCUCAAAUUCAAACCCAUGUAAGCAGCUAAACAAGAACUGAACCUAAAUAUGAUACAGUCUAAAAUUGGCAAAGUUCGGAUUUAAAUUUAAAUAAAUAAUCUGAUCAAAGAAUAUGUAAUUAAAAUGAAAAAUCUUAUCAGACACUCGAUUGUAGCUUUCAUUAUUUAACUGUUGGUACCAAAAAACAUAUUGAGGUUCAAUACCCAGGCCUGAAAAUGGAAAAAUUAUGAUUUCAGACUUCUUUUCCUCUAGAGGGACACAGCCUAGUCUUCUGCAAACAGCAUUUUGCACAUUUUGUUUUCCUUGUUUCAUUGUUUUCCUUCAGUGUUUUUGUGUAACUGUCUGAUUAAUGACAGAAAGGUGAUUGUUACGAGAUGGUCAAAUGAUCCAUUCUUUUUUUCUUUUUUUUUUUAUGAUCCUAAUAUUUAUUAUUUUCAAUUUUGGGCCAGUUGUGAAUUUAGUUGUGAGGAAAGCACAAGAUAAAUAUUCGGAUAGUUUUUAUAAAUCUUUGUCAAAGUUUGUAGUCCGAGUCCAAACUUGAAAUUCCCAACACAAAAUUAUUUUUAAUAGAAGGAUUUGCAUUGAAUUGAACUCCAUUGGCCUAGAUUUACUGUCCUUGAUUUUGAUUGCCUUAUCUUUGUAGAUUACUAGUAUUGAUUGAUUGUCAUUGAUAAUGAUUGUAGAGUUUAUUUCUACUCACUGUUCAUUUCAAUUUUCUUUCACAAUGUUGUAAAACCUGAAUAUUUGGGGCCACCUUUCCCCUUUUUUUCUUUUUGAUGUGUAACAUUUCCAUAUUUUAAAAAAUUUUGAUUCAAGGUUUUUUUUUCUGGCGUUUCAGUUCAGAUCUUCCCCUGGGUGUAGUUACAGCGAUGACCACACUAAUAUUUUAAAAUCUACAGUAAAAUGUUUUAGGUCAACUGGUCUGACUCAAGUUCAAAUUUACUGCACUGUAACUACACUUCCUGAUAUUAGAGACAAAAUGAUCAUUAAAUUCUCAAAUUUAUUCUGAAGAAAAGUGUUUUAUGAGUUGUUUAACUAAAAACUCUCUGAGCCCACUCCUGCUAAAGCAAUGGAGGGUUACAAAUAUAUUAUGCUUUUAUCAAGAAGUCAAUUUGCCUGUUUUUAACCCACAUUCCAACCCUGACUGACUAAAAUGAUGCAUUCACUGAAGCUUCCUCCAACCUGCAGACAGUACAUAUUCCUGUUAAAAUGCAGGAGAUAGUAAAAAGUAUAAUUUCAUUCAAAAUGUUGGACUUUAAUUUUAUAGGCAUUUUUGGCAAAUGUGGCCACACUCCAAAAAAGAAUUUGACUUUCUGUCCUUUUUAUUUUCAUUUGUAAGUAAACCUUUGUUCUAUGCCAAGUAAUGAUGUUUGAAUUUUAGUGCAAUAGUGAAGUUCUGGCACUUCAACUCUUUAGGUUUUAUUGUCUACAAAUUACUGACAUGUUUUACUCCUUAUUUUUUAACUCUAAUUCCUUAUUCCUGACCUUGAUUCUUAAAAUUUGUCAAAAUUUAAAUAAUUCACGCACAAAGAUGAUCUUUUGUUUGUCAUAAGGCAGCAGGAUGAUCCCUAAAGCUAACUGUAGCUAUGGUAAAUUGGUGAUCCCAGAAACCACAACUCUCUGUUAUUGACCAUUCAGCCGAUAGGUACAGUCGUCACUGUUAAUCCUUUCAGGCUUUUAUUAUAAAUGAAACAUGUAGAAAUGUCAUUACACACAGAAAAAAAUAUCGUAUUUUAGAACCUGGUUAUUACCUACAGCUACCAUGCUGGAUAACAGUGAUAUAACUAUGUGAAAUCCACACUGACUUUGAACAGGAAGGGACAUUUUCUGUUGAAUUGUACUUUUAUGAUCCAUCUGCUUCAUCAUGUCAUCACAUAUUGUUUUCUUUCUUUCUAAUUUGUAGACCUCAUUUCUGAAUGUAACAUUUCUUAACCUGAGACAAAUGUGUGUUUCGAUGUUAUUUAUUUUAAUGUGAAGCCCUGGUUGGCAUUAAUCUCGCGUUGUUUAUGUAUAAUUUCCUGUAAGUAGUUUUAAGUGUUUUUUUUUUUUAUUUAUUGCAAUAUGAGAGAAGAUAAACUCUGAACUGCCCUAACUUUACUCAAACGUAUUUAGAUAUGUAAGAAAAUAUUUUACUUUAUGUGUAAAAUAUUCAGUAUAGUAUUCAUAUUUCUGGCAUGUUAUUCUGCAGUACACAGCAGCAUCUUUUAAUGCCUUUUAUCUUGUGAAUUUUUCAUAAAUGUGGACAAAAGCUGACAAUUUCAAAGUUUGUUAAAUAAUUUUUUGAUGAUUUUGGUGUAUUCAUUAUAUCCACUGAAUAUGACACAUUUGCUGACUGUGGGCUAUGUUUUAUUUUUAGCACUCUGUUGUUUCCAUGAGAUGUGCAGUAUACCCUUUAACAUCCACUAUCCAUGUAAUGAUGUGGCUGUCUGGUGAACAUUUGUCUAUUUACUUGAAUUUUUAAAUGGAUGAUAAUUGGUGGAUUUGUUAUAUACCAGGAUCAUAAUAAAACUACAAAUACUUAA